ACUAGAUCAACUGUCAUCUUCUCGAAUUAACCAGAGAAAGUUGUAGACAACCACAAUAAGAAAUUGCCUUUCCCUUUCCUUUUCUCCAAUACUCUCAGUCUCUGAUUCGUCCUGUGAGCUCGAUUCCUGAGGAGGAAGACGAUGGCGGCGUACAGAUGGAAGUACUUCGAGGAGAACGAAGACCGUCCCGAAAAACCUCGAAGCUAUGGCGUCACAGAAAUGAGAGGCCCCCAUUACUCGCUCUUGAGCCAAAACGUCCUCCAAGAUAUUUUUGAGUCCAUGGGGCAGUUUGUUGAUGGUUUGAAGUUUUCUGGAGGUUCCGACAGCUUAAUGCCGAAAUCGUUUAUCAAAGAAGUGACUGAUGUUGCUCACCAGCAUGAUGUAUAUGUCAGCACCGGCGAUUGGGCUGAAAAUUUGCUUCGAAAAGGUCCAUCGGCUUUCAAAGAGUAUGUGGAGGAAUGUAAGAGCUUGGGGUUUGACACAAUCGAGCUGAAUGUGGGAUCUCUUGAACUUCCUGAAGAAACUCUUCUGAGAUACGUGCGCUUGAUUAAGAGCGGUGGUCUGAAAGCGAAGCCACAGUUUGCGGUCAAGUUUAACAAGUCCGACAUUCCUGUAGGUGAUCGAGCAUUUGGAGCCUACGUUGUUCCAAGCCCACGAUCAUCUGAAUUUGUUGAAGAUGUUGAUCUUCUGAUUAGAAGGGCUGAGAGAUGCUUAGAGGCUGGGGCCGACAUGAUAAUGAUCGACGCUGAUGAUGUCUGUAAACAAGCUGACUCAUUGCGGGCAGACAUAAUUGCGAAGGUUAUUGGGCGUCUGGGGGUUGAGAAGACCAUGUUCGAAGCUUCAAAUCCAAGAACAUCAGAGUGGUUCAUCAAACAAUAUGGUCCAAGGGUGAAUCUCUUCGUGGACCACUCCCAUGUGAUGGAUCUCGAGUGCCUCCGGGGACGCAACUUAGGUAAAAAUCAUGCAUCUGUGCUGGGUUCCUCUUAUUUUCUGUUUUAAAACUUUUUAUAAUUACAAAAAUGGCGAGAACCAAAGGUGUGGUAAUGUGUGGAAACAUCACCAUUGUCCUGUUGAAAUCGCAUAUGUAUGUGUUCCUCCGGUGCAUGUAACGUUAUCGAAGUACCUUAAAUUUGGUCAUUUUUGCAGUAAAUUUAUGUUGGGGUUUUUGUGUAA